AUGGCUCAUUCACUUCCGCCAAACAGAAGACACGGUCACUGGACUGACUCCGAGGUCGGCGAGCGAACGAAAUGGGUCCCAGACCGCUUCUCGCUCGCGUCCACCGUCGUUUCACUAUCUCCGUCGCAUUCACCCCCUCCGCUUCCUCCCGUUCCUCCUCUGCGUUCGCGUCUCAGUCUCAGUCCUCCACCUCCAUCGCCGCUGCAGAGGAAAGAGGGCAGCUAUGACGUGGUGUCGAUAGCACCACCGCUGCUGUUUCCAACACCGACCAGACCGAAGAAGGUAGAGUUCGACAUGCCUCCUCCGCGAGAAUCUAGCCUUGAUCCGCCAUCUCCCGCGUCAUUUGGGUUGUCGUACGAUUACCAUAGCCACCACAGUCACAGUCCUCGUAAGGGCAAACGCCACAGCAAGCAGAGCACUCGCCGGCGUCGGCCUGGCUCAAGCCAGAGCGUAGGUUCAACAUCAAACGAGGUCAAUGACUCGAGUCCUUCACACGACCGGAACUCAAAACGCUCGUCCAGCGGCGACGGUCUCAAACAAGCUCUCAAAGGCAUUAUUGAUCACUCUCUCGAAUCAAGUCUCCUGCCAGCCGACUUCACACUGUUUGAAUGCCGAGACCAUGACGGGAACAAAGACGAGCAGAAGGAUGGAGUAGACGAAGAGGACGAGGAAGAAGAAUUCGCCAAACUGACAGACAACGGCUACUAUGUCGACAUCUUCAAUCCUCAUUCAACAGCAAACACUGCUUUAACGACCGAACGGCAACAAUCCCGGCUCGAUAGAAUCAUAAGCGAACGCACGUCUGAGUGCAGAAACAACACUAUCGCAAUAUCCCCCGAUAGUAGCGCUGGCAGUAAAGUAGCACAGAAACUGAAGCUGAAUGUGCUGACCGCAGCAGCUAGCUAUCAUAUCCGGUCUCUGUCCGCCUCUUCGUCUUCCAUCACGUCAUCGACAAGCGCGCAGGAUAAGAGUAGUAAUCGCUCAGCGGUCACGUCGACAUUCAAGGCGGCGAUUGACAAAGUGAAGGUCGAGAAUCUCUGGAAAGUUGCAACGAGCCGGUAG